CCUCUGGUUCGCGUGUUCGACUCAUUCGACGACAACAACCAGAAAGCGCCGCCGCCUCGCAGUGCUUCCUCUUCCCCGGGCGCGCCGCACGUUUCCCCUGCACUCGGCCCGUUCCAACUCACAGGUCGCCCGACGCCCUGACCUCCCACCGUCAACAACACAAUCCUAGUGCAGCAGCACCCAUCCACAGCUACAGCCAGCAACUACAGCGGCGACAGCACGCCAGCGACGCGAGCGCACGGCCAACAAGCCGGCAGGAGCUUCGGGUCAUUGUGCCUCCUGGCGCACGGUGCCGCGUAAGCUCGAGCGCACGGCUCCGGCCAAUGCCCCGGCGAGGGCUCCAGAGCCGCCAGCGAGCCGGCCUGAGCGGGCGAGCGGCGCAUGAUCCGGAAAGGCUCCCCCCGUCUAAGCCCGCGCUCCCUGAAGCAAAUCCAUGGGAACCUGGUCGUUAAGGGCAUCGCCUCGCGCCUCCAGCCGCUGCGGGACCUGCUGCUGGCCUGUGUCGCCUCGUUCCCCGGCACCAUGGGCUACGCCCGCAAAGUGUUCGACGGAAUCCCCCACCCGGACCUCUUCAUGCACAACGUCAUGGUCCGCGGCUACGCGCACGGGGGCGCGCCCGCCGCGGCCUUCGACCUGUACCGACGCAUCGGGGCGGCUAGCCUGAGGCCCGACGCCUUCACGUUCUGCUACCUCCUACGGGCCAGCGCUGGCUUGCCGGGUUCCUGCGCCGGGUACCAGGUCCAUGGCGUCGUCCUGAAGCUGGGUUUCUUGAACGAUGCGUUUGUCAGGAAUGCGCUUAUCAACAUGCACGCCAAGUGCGGGGAUUUGCAGGUGGCCGGCGCGCUUCUUGAUGAGGCCGGCGAGGGGGACGUCGUCGCGUGGUCGGCUGUCAUAGCGGGGCAUGCCGCUAGAGGUGACCUGGGCAUUGCGCGGCAACUGUUUGAUGAUUGUCGGCACAAAGACUUGGUGUGUUGGAAUGUGAUGGUGGCAGCGUAUGCUAAGCACGGUGAGAUGGAGAAGGCGAGGGAGCUGAUUGACCGUGCGCCGGAGACAGAUGUGGUUUCAUGGAACACGAUUAUCACCGGGUACGCCGUGAAGGGGAUGCUGAAGGAAGCACUGGAUGUGCUUGAUGAAAUGAAGUGUGCCGGCUGGAUGCCUGAUGAGGCCACUAUUGUUAGCUUGCUUUCGUGUUGUGCGAACUUAGGGUCACUUGACGCAGGGAUGAUGAUACAUUCAUUACACUUGGAAGGUAGACCAUGCACAAGCAUUGUUCUCGGAAAUGCAUUGUUAUCAAUGUACGCAAAGUGCGGAGAUGUGCAGGCUGCAUUGGAAGUCUUCAGCAGGACGAAGGAGAGGGACGUUUGGACAUGGAACUCGAUCAUCGGUGGGCUGGCCUUCCAUGGGCAAGCGGAACAGUCCAUCCAAUACUUCAACAAAAUGCUUGAAGAAGGAAUAUGCCCAAAUGCAGUUUCUUUCCUCUGUGUUCUUGGUGCAUGCAGCCAUGCUGGAUUGGUUGAAGAUGGUCAGAGAUAUUUCUCUUUGAUGAAAGACAGGUACAGGAUUGAGCCUAAUGCAAAGCACUACAGUUGCAUGGUGGAUAUGCUUGGCCGUACAGGCUUACUGGAUGAAGCAUUUGCAAUUCUGAGCAGCAUGAGGUGUGAACCUAGUGCUGUCAUAUGGAGGACUCUGCUUGGUGCCUGCAAAAUCCACGGGAAUGCAGCCCUUGGCAGACUGGCCAGGGAGAGGCUUCUAAGAAUGAACGAAGAUGCAAGCAGUGACUAUGUAUUGCUCUCUGGCAUUUACGCAUCAUCUGAUGAAUGGUUUGGAGUGGAGACACUGCGGGGAUCAAUGGAUGAAAGGGGGAUAAGAAAGGUUGCUGGUUUUGCCCAGGUUGACCAUAAAAGUACCUGCCUUCCAGCAUUGUGAUGUGUGGAUAUCCUACAGUGAACGUGUGGAUUGUGUCCAUGCUCAGCCUGUCAUUUUAUGCUCGGCCACCAGAAAGUGGAAAGAAGUAGCACCCUAGCAAGGAGGCCUAGAGAGUAAAUCAUAUUCAAAACUGCCAAAUGCUGGUGGUCUCACUUGGAGUUAGCAGCAUCAGUGCAACUAGCAGGUAUGUUGUUUCCAGCUGAUGGCUUGCCUCCGUUUUCUCAUCUAGUUAUGAAGAAAAUAACCAGCAACUACUAUGAAAA